AUUCACAGUAAUUACAGUGUUAUGGUUUAUCGCAUUUACGUCGAUGCAGUCGAUCGAUCUAACGUCUUUUAUACAUUGAUCGUAAAUGUUUUCUUUUUUCUUUUUUUCGUUCAGUUAUACAACCCUUUCUUUUUUUUCUCUCUCUCUCUUUCUAUCGCAGAAGCGGCGAGAAUCGUCAUAUGAUUUCUGAAAUAAAAUCAAGUGCACAUCGCGUUUCGAAGAUGGCCGCGGUACAAUGUGAAUCGAAAGAUGACGAUUCCGAAUCGGACUUGUCGAAAUCACCGGUAUUCUCUAGCAAAACCGUUGAAGCGAUAGAAGAGCAUGACAACACCGGACUACCUUUACAAUCUUCCUGGACAUUUUGGUUGGACAAAGCUAUUUCUGGUACAACUGCCGAAGAAUAUAAAGCCAAUUUAAAGAAGAUUUAUACUGUGAAUACUGUACAAAGCUUUUGGGCAGUCUUCAAUAACAUACCAAAUGCUGCUGAAAUACAGGUUAGAUAUAGUUACCAUCUGAUGAGAGAUGGUAGAUAUCCUAUAUGGGAAGAACCUAUCAAUCAAAAAGGCGGAACAUGGAGAUUAAAAUGUCAUAAGAUUGACACUGCAAAAAUUUGGCAGGAAGUAGUACUUGCAGCGAUUGGAGAGCAAUUUGCUGAAUGCGUGGCCGAAGGCGAUGAAGUCUGCGGUGUAACGGUCUCUAUCAGGGAUAGAGAAGAUCUGAUACAAGUAUUUCUAUUUUCUUUUAUUUGGAAUGUAAAUGCUGCCUUGGCGUCUAAAGCUACGAUUCUACAAAGGGUUCACGUCCUUCUACCAGAAGUAAAUUUUCUUACUGAAUUUUAUAAAGCUCAUCAAUCCCAUCAUGCGUAUGGUCGAUGUUAAUGACAUACAGAAAGAAGAAAAGAAACUGUUUGGUUAAAUAUAUAAUUCUACUUGAAAGAAAUAUAAUCCUAAUAAUAAUAAUAAUAUUAAUAAUAAUAAUAAUGUAAUAUGAAAUAUAAUUAGAUAAAAUUCUAUCAAAGUCUUCCAUAACUGUAAAGCCAAAACAAAAUUACUGAAUCUUUUUAACUUUAAUAUUUAUGAAUGAUACACGCAUAAGUAAUUUUUAAACAUUGCUUACACCACAUAUUGUGUAUGUUAAAAUUAAACCUAAAUGUUAUAUUCGCUUAUUGCACCAUACAAUAACAAAUAUAUUUUUAUAUAUCUGCAAUUUAUCUAAUUAUGUGUAUAUGUUUAUGUUAUAUGAGAAUAAUGAUAUAUGAGCUCUGUUCUAAUGUGUAGAGGCAGUACAUGACUAUCGUCAUGAGCUGAACGUGAACUAUAAAUAAUUUUUUAUUUGACUAACAGAAAUUUUUUAUAUACAGAUACAUAAACAAAGUAUAUUUUUAUAAACGUAAAUAUUGCUUUUAUCUUAAAUUUAAUUUUAACCAUAUCUCAACAAAAUCUCGUUUCAUACGAUCGUAGUAAUGUCAAUCAAUUAAUAUGAUAUUGGUAGUCAAAAAUGUUAUUUCCAUUGACGUCAACAACGAAAUGUUUUAAAAUGAAAACACAUUUAUGUAGGAAUUCCGAGAUCAUUAAAUUACAUCUAAAUCGUUUUUAAUGUAUUCGUCGCGCAUUCUUUCGAGAUUGAUGUCAUCGAAGCUUCUUCUAUUUUCAAGAAA